AGACUGGAUGGGAACUGGACGGAAACGGUCCUUGCAGCAGGAGGGCAGGGCAGAGGUGCCUGCGCUUAUCACCCAGGCAGAGAGGACAAGGCCGCCCCUCAGUCUUCUGUUCUGAAGUCGCAUCCAAGAGAAAGAAGGGAGUGAGCUAGUGUGGGCACUGAGGUUUGGGGCCCUCCCAGGUAGAAGGGGAGAGAAGGGCACCUGCCCCCCCCCCUCCCCGGGCUGGGUGGCAGCAGGCCUAGGCUGGUCUAGGCCUGGCAGCAUCUUUCCCUUCGGAAACCCCUGAGCUGCCCAGGCUGUUGAAAUCUCUCGGCCCGCAGCAGCUGCCCACCUCCUCAAAGGCCUCCCCACUGGCCAGAAUCUGGGACACAGGGCCUGAUUUUGCGCCCAGCUGAGUGAGGGGAACCCCCACCUCACACCUCGCCCAGCGCUGGCCCAUUUCCCUCUGCGCCCCGCGAAAGCCACUUUCUGCCCCUCAGACCGCAAGUUUCCAGGCAGUAGCGACAUAGGGGUGAGGGGUGGAGGUGGGCAGAAGUGCAGGAACCCGUCCGGGCCGUUGUCCCUUCUAGGCUGCUUGCGUCCCCCUACCUCUCCUCCCCAGAGCGCGGCCGGGACGCGGCGGGGACGCGGCGCCACUUUCCUCUGUCUGCACCCGAAGCGGUCCCGGGGACGCCUUGCCACAAUCUCGCGACUCGGGUCCCCCCAGGGCUGCGGGGGGCGGUGGGGUGGGGGGAGGAGCGUCGAGGGGCACCACAGACGCCUCUGUUCCCUAAGACUUUUCUGCUGAAAAGUUUCCAAAGGCUCUUCACCUCUUCUCUUUUCUAAGGCUCAGAGAACGGUCCCCACCGCCUGGGAGUGGCGGCGAGCUGGGCGAGGACCGUGAUUUAUACAUUAGAGUCCAGGGGGCACGAGGCUCCGCCCCCCUUUUUUCCUCUUUUAGCUGCUUGUGGGGGAGGAGGGGUUCUUUUUGACUGUGCGUGUCUGUGUUUCUGCUCUAGAUCUUUCCUGGACAGUAGUCUCAGCGGCAGAGAUCCGGAGGCCACCCGUCGCGGGCGGAGGACGUGGGGGGGGGAGGGCUUGAGGCACUCACCGCCUCCCGGUCCCUUCCUAAAGAAGCCACUCGGCCUCUGCGGGGCGCUCGGCGACUUCAGCUGGCCGCGCUGGCCAUUGGAGUGUGCGGCUGAGGAGGGAGUAAGUUGAGAGCGCAGCGCAGUCAGUCCCGGGCAGCAGCUGCAAGAUGCCGAGCGCGCAGUCCAGACCCGAAGCUCCGCGAACGCAGCUUCGUCCCGCCUGAGCCAGGCUGCAGUUUCCGAGGCCCUCUCCAGCCAAGGAAAAGCUACACACAAAGCCUGGAUCGUUCUCCCCGAGCCACCCCCGGCUGCAAGGGAAGGCUCACCCCGCCCCGCCCUCUAGCGUUCGUCUGGAGAAGCGCCACCCCGGGUUCCUGGGGACAGCGCGCAUCAUGGGGUCCACCAGCAUCCCGCUGGUCAAGGCCCUCCGCAGCUCUGUCUCCGACUAUGUCAACUACGAUAUCAUCGUCCGGCAUUACAACUACACGGGAAAGCUGAAUGUCAGCGCAGACAAGGAAAAUGGCAUUAAACUGCUCUCCGUGGUGUUCAUUCUCAUCUGCUGCUUUAUCAUCCUAGAGAAUAUCUUUGUUUUGCUGACCAUUUGGAAAACCAAGAAGUUCCACCGCCCCAUGUACUAUUUUAUUGGCAACCUGGCUCUCUCAGACCUGUUGGCAGGGGUGGCUUACAUAGCCAACCUGCUCUUGUCUGGAGCCACCACCUACAAGCUAACUCCCGCCCAGUGGUUUCUGCGGGAAGGGAGUAUGUUUGUGGCCCUGUCGGCCUCGGUGUUCAGCCUCCUCGCCAUCGCCAUCGAGCGCUACAUCACCAUGCUGAAGAUGAAACUCCACAACGGGAGCAACCGGUUCCGCUCCUUUCUGCUCAUCAGCGCCUGUUGGGUCAUCUCUCUCAUCCUGGGGGGCUUGCCCAUCAUGGGCUGGAACUGCAUCAGCACGCUGCCCAGCUGCUCCACCGUGCUACCGCUCUACCACAAGCACUAUAUCCUCUUCUGCACCACGGUCUUUACUCUGCUCCUGCUCGCCAUCGUCAUCCUGUAUUGCAGGAUCUACUCCUUGGUCAGGACUCGGAGCCGCCGUCUGACCUUCCGCAAGAACAUUUCCAAGGCCAGCCGCAGCUCCGAGAAGUCCCUGGCGCUGCUCAAGACGGUGAUUAUCGUGCUGGGCGUCUUCAUCGCCUGCUGGGCGCCGCUCUUCAUCCUGCUCCUGCUGGACGUGGGCUGCAAGGUGAAGACCUGUGACAUCCUCUUCCGAACGGAGUACUUCCUGGUGUUGGCUGUGCUCAACUCGGGCACCAACCCCAUCAUUUACACUUUGUCCAACAAGGAGAUGCGCCGGGCCUUCGUCAGGAUCAUGUCCUGCUGCAAGUGUCCCAGUGGAGACUCCGCCGGCAAAUUCACGCGACCCAUCAUCGCUGGCAUGGAGUUCAGCCGCAGUAAGUCAGAUAACUCCUCCCACCCGCAGAAGGACGAUGGGGACAACCCAGAGACCAUUAUGUCUUCUGGAAACGUCAACUCUUCUUCCUAAAAGUGAAACCUGCCAACCCGUGUGGAGUGUUCUUGCGUUGGUCGCCAACCACCCAAGUGUUUGGAAAAGAAAAAAAAAAAAAAAAAUCUCUGUGCCUCCUGUGGCUGCCAGGAAGGAGCUGCCAGGAGCCAGAGGGAGGGAGGCAGGGGGGCAAGAACAGCCUGGUGGUGCCUGACGUUGGUGGGUAGACUUGGUUCCUGUGAACAAUGCACUGGGAAGGGUGGAGAUCAGGUCCUCCCUGGAGUCUAUUUCCGCCCCCACCCCCUCUCCUGGGGCUUUGAUUUUGCACUGAGCCAAAGGUCUAGCAUUAUCAAGCUCCGGAGGAGUUCAUCUGGCCCCUCCUCAAAGACUGAGGACCCUGUGUGAAAGCGUCUCUGUCUGGAGCUUUGAGGAGUUGUUUUCUCUCAGUUUAGUUGCCAACCCAGGUGAGCGUGUGCACUUCUGCUUUGCUAGGUUGCUCUACAGAUCCAACCCUCCUUCCCCCUUCACACCCAUCCUCAGCAUCUCUUUACUUUAUAUGUUAACUACCUGGGAUUCCCAGCUGGGGGCGUGGCAUGGUCCAUUCUUGAUCUUGUGUAGCAGGUGGGCUGUGCCCAGCAAGGAGACGCUGGUGGCGAUGGUUUGGAGAGGUGAAACGAUGUCACCUGCCGGGGCCAAAGCGUCCACGUAAGCUGGAUGCAUUCUUUUUUUCUUGAAUCUGGUUGUUGUCACUUUCUUAGGAAAAAAAAAAAAAGAAAAAAAAAAAAACUUUGCAGUGAAACGUGUUACAGUAUCAUAUCCGCCAGGCUGAAAUGUGCAUAAAGAAGUUCAGUUUGUUUAAAUGACAUCAGCCAGGAUCC